AUGAACGCCAACAACGAUGCAUUCCAUUGUCUGUAUCAGCAUCUCGACCCCGAGCAGAAACGACACGUUCGUGAACAACUAUGUCCAUCGAUGACAAUGAAACUGGUCGAGAAGAACCGUAUACUAAUCAUCGCAUUGCUAUUGGAUCUCGGUGCCAAAUUCCUACUGAACGAUCAACUGUUCAACUGUAAGAACUUCAAAGAGAAUCCAACACUUCAAACUCUACUCUAUUUAAAUAGAUUCAAUGUAUCAUCAAACGAUCAAACCAGCUCAUCAUCAUCUUCUUCACCAUUUUUCAACAACAACAACAAUAGCAAUAAUAAUGGUGAGAAGAGUUUAAUUAAAUCUAUGUUAUUUUUACCAAAUAGAUUUAAAGGUAAUAAUACUCAACAACCAUAA